GAUUAGAGGAAACGUCUGUGUUUUAUUUGCGAGUAUAAAUAAACAAUGACAUAUCGUUUUAUUAAAUGACACACGCGCGAUUUUGAUACUACAAUUCAGUGAAUAGUGUAUACCUGAAAUCUCAUUUUAAAACUGUACUGUAACACGUUGAGCUGCUUUUGACAUCAGAAUGACCCGGGCCGAAAAAUGAAACUGUUGGUUUGAUUAGAUAAAGUGGGUGUAUCGGUCAGAAGUGUAUUCAGUUUGCUAACACUGGGAUAAGUUGUAAUUGUUAAAGUAAUUAACCUACAAGAAAUGAUUCCACGCGAACUAUGGACAUAACUCAACACACAAAAGGAACUUUAUGACUAACACAUGGGGACUUCUUGAUUUCGUUACUUCACGUUGAAAAUAAAACUUGGAAUUUAAUUCAUUAGAAUUCAGAUACAGACGUGGAUCUUAGAGUAUUCUCACUGACGGCAACUCCCGGAACUCAGCGUACAAAAACAGAUACCCUACCAUGUCAGGAAUCGGACUGAUCCAAGUUACACUUUUAGUUUGGAUCAUCUAUCAUUCUUGUGCUGAUUCAGAUGUAUUUAGAGGAAAGUUAUGCCGGUCCCGCCUUGGAUAUCAUCCCACCACUGACAGUUUUAGACAACACUCGUAUGCACUGUGUUUUAAUUAUGUGUUUUAUCUAAAAUUCCGUCCAUUUUUGAAUUCCACCGGUCCUACCCCGGUGAUGGAUAUUAUACACGACGGUAGAAGGAUACGUUUUGAGUCCAUGGACUUCCGGAAUGAGUCGGUCAAGUCCGCGGUGUGUUCCUUGUUGUCACAUGAUGAGUGUCACCAAUGGACUUCCUGUUGUGAGUCCGCAGAGCUGUGUUGUCAGAGGCAGCUUUCGGAAUACAAGGGAACUAACUCAAGCUGUGGGCGGAUCUGGGACGGAUGGCUCUGUUGGCAUGAUGCAGCGCCGGGAACUCAGAGUUAUGGGUCUUGUCCACUGUUUAUGCCCUCUUUUACACCAUCUCGAGAAGCAGUGCGCACCUGCCAGGUCAACGGACAAUGGAUACAACGUACGGACUACAGCCCGUGUCUGAAACACGACGAACUGGAGACAACACUUCUGAUCGGACUUGGGUGCAGCGUAGCGAGUCUUGUGGUUCUACUUCCGGCUGUUUAUGUCUUUAUGAAAUUCAAAUCACUGCGAAAACAACACCGAAUACGUCUACAUAUCAACCUCUUCCUGUCAUUCGUGUUUAAAGAAGUGAUGGAGAUCUUGUGGGACAUGUUAGUGACGUAUGAUAAAGUCACAAGUACGGCAGUGUUCGAAACAGCACUGUUACAAAAUGGCGCGGGCUGUAAGCUGCUGUCCUUCCUGAAGAUCUACUUUAAGUGCUGUACCUAUACGUGGAUGUUCUGUGAAGGUUUCUAUCUACAUCGUCUGAUGUCUAAUGCCUUCUCCCCACCACGAUCACUCAGGGUCAUGUACGUGUUUGGAUGGGCUGUGCCCUUGGUCUCCUCAACCUUGUAUGGGAUUUUACGGGGAAUCCUUAACAAUGAAAGUUGCUGGGCACAUGGCUAUGGGCAUCUAGAAUGGAUAUUUGAUGCGCCCAAUAUAUUAUUUCUGUUUUUAAACCUUGUCUUCUUAUCCAACAUUUUAAGGAUUCUCCUGACUCAGAUACAAACUCAUCCAAAUGAACCGGGUAACUUCAGGCGAGCGGUGAAGGCCACUUUUAUUUUGAUCCCUUUGUUUGGGAUACAUCUGUUUGUGACGAUUUACCGGAUCCCGAUCAGCAAGGAGGGAGGUCUGGAUUACGAGAGGGUCUCGGUUAUAAUCAAUCACACCCAGGGCUUCUUCGUCGCCAUGGUGUUCUGUUUUCUGAACGGCGAGGUUAUCUCAAACAUAAAGAGAAGUAUAAGACACUAUCGGAGCAGGUCGUUCUCUGCUUCUAAGCGACUGAACCAAACGACACAGCAGACACUAUCAAUCAGGUCUGAGUAUGACGCCAAUAGGACAGGCGAUCAGUGUUACAAAUCCUUAAUAGUGCCAACAGAGAACAAAGAUGAACUAGAACUUAAAGACACUUCUACCAAUGGUAAUAUUCAUGGAAACUCCUAGCACAGGACAAAAAGAAACUCCUGUCGAAACGGAGUAAUGUAACGUGUUUUUGUAAAUGGCUGAAUACGAGACAAUGGAUAUACUGAAUGCUGGCAUUAAAAACAAGUGUCUUGUAUGAUGAUAUACAUGUAUGUUUUAAGAAACCUAAAGAAAGAGACCCGGUGAGAUAUUUCCAGUACUUUACAAGUACAUAUUGGUGCAUGACUCUAAAGUUGAAAUAAUGGAUGUUCGAAGAGAAGCUCGUGUUCUGUAUAAAUAUAUGGAUGAGGCAGCAGGCUGGUCCUACAGCAACCUUCUCCUUGAAAUCAUUCAUACUGUACUGUCAAUGAACUGUGCUGAAGUUACUGUUCUAUGAAAUAGGGUAGAAAAUGUAAUACUAUAAGUUAUGAUAACGAUUUACAUACUCUAGUAAUUAU